CGAUUAAAAUGUCAGUUUAUAUUUGGGGAACGACACCUUCAUAAGAAGAAACUACUAUACCUAAACAGAUAAUCAUAAAUUUCCAAAUAACCAAAGUAUCAUGUGGUGAAGAGCAUAUGCUAUUUCUAUCUAAUACCAAUUAACUAUAUGCAUUAGGGACAAAUAAUUAUGGUGUAUUAGGAAUAGGAAGUGAUGAUUACUCAGAGAGAUCUUUGACACCUUAAUUAAUAUAAUCAAAUAUCAUCGAUAUGGAUUGUGGUUGGAAUCACAACAUUUCUUUGAAUAUUAACAAUAAUGCUUUUGUUUGGGGAAAGGUAUUGAAUGAUAUCACGCAACCUAAACAAAUAGGACAAUCGAUAAGAUAUGUUAAAUGUGGUGCUAGACAUACUAUGAUGAUAAAUAACAAAAAUCAAUUAUAUGCUUUAGGAGCAAAUGAUUCAGGAUAAUGUGGUAUUCAAAAUACAAAGAGAAUAAAUGAAGUCACUCAUGUAAUGGAUAAUGUUUUGACUGUAGCAUGUGGAGUUUCACACUCAUUAAUUAAAGUUAAUUAAUAGUUAUUAGCUUGCGGAUCUAAUAAUUUAGGAUAAUUAGGUGUAUAAGGAGUAAAGAAUUCCUUCAAACCUUUGUUGGUUGAUAUUCCAAAGGUGGACUAAAUAGCAGCAGGAAACCAUUCAGCUGCAAUCAGUUCUGGAAAUCUAUAUAUUUGGGGAUCAGGUUGUUUUGGAACAUUUACUAAACCAACAUUGUUUCUACCUGAUAUUGUUGAUGUAAAAUUAAAUGGAACUCUUGGAUUAGGUGUAGACACUUAAGGAUAGUUGUAUUCAUGGGGGAGUAAUGUAAAUGGAGAAUUGGGAGUGGGAGAUACAUAGACUAGAACAGAGGCAGUUAAAGUGUUGAAGAACAUCUAACAUUUCGGAGUUGGAAUAAAUUAUGCUAUUGCUAUAUCUAAACGAGCUUAGCCAGUUACAACAGAGAAAGAAUACUUAACUAAGACUCUAUAGAUAGAAAGUGAUGAAAGAAGUGCCUUAGAAAAAAUCAAUCGAGAAUUGAAGUCUAAGUUUGUGGAAUUGGAAUAAUGCAAUAGUGAUUUGAGAAAACUCUUAGAUGUCAAAAGUGAAGACAUCAAUACUUUAUAGGCUUAAGUUGAGAAUUACACUAAUACUAUGGCAAAUCAAGAAAGCUAAAUUAAAGAUCUUAAGUAAUAAUGUUAGAGACACCAAACAUUUUAAAAAGAUGCAAUUUCAAAAUUAGAUAAAUAUGAAGAAUUUAUUGAUGAAUUGGAAAAUCAACUUAAAGUAAAAAAUGAAGAAAUUGAUGGUCUGACAAAUUAGUUACACAACUUCAAGGAUUCCCUUAAAUAAUAUUAGGAUGAUGAAACAUCUUAACUAAAUCAAUUUAAGAACUAAUUGAGUGAAUUAACUGAGCAAUUAAGUUAUGAACAGCAAGUGAAUGAAUAGUUGGUAGAAUAAUAUAGCAAGGAAAGGGAAUCAUUCUAAUAAAGAGGCGUUUUGAUCUAGUAAUAUGAAUUUGAGAUUGGAAAUUUGCAAUCUUAAAAUAAGACUUUGGCUUCUCAAACAAGUAGUUCAUUAUAGCAACACUAAAAGUUAUCUGAAGGCUUAACUAUUGCUAAUCAUAGGAUUGAAUCAUUGUAAACUUAAAAUGCAAAAUUAAUGUAAGAACUUAGCUUAUUGCGUACGAGUAUAUAUUCGGAUUUACAGAAACCUUAAGCUCUAGAAGUACAAACCAUUAUUGGAUUGAAUAAAGAAUUAACUGAAUUAAAUAACUAGUUACAGAAUAAACUUAGAGAAAAGGAUGCAGAGAUUUUAAAAUUAAAGUCUCAAUUAGGAAAUCUUGGAACACUCAAAGACAGUCGUUAGAGUCUAUCUUCUCAAAUGAAAACUUCAUAAUAUUAAAAUUAGUUGUCAUAAUAAAAUUUGAAUAUUCCAAAGAAAUAAAAAUAAGAGAGCCCCAAUGGAAAAACCAUAUAAGAAUUAUUAGAAUCUGCUCAUAAGCAUGCCAAGUACAUGAAAAAGAUUUUAAAAUCAUCUGAAAAUUUUGAAUCAGACACUCCUAGUCCCAAAAAGAAAUUAGAAUUUUCAAAAGAAAAUUCAUUCAUUAAAAAUGAUAGCUUGAGUGAAGUGAGAGAUAGACUUAAUAAGCUACAAUAAAAUAGAUAAUUAUAUGAACAAAAGCUUAGGAUUUGAUUUUAUUAUUACGUGC